AUGGAGGAAAAGGUGGAUGAAAAAGAAGUCCAAAGUUGCGAGUUGGAUACUUUGGACUCAAUUGAGUAUAAUAAGCCAGAUUCCUCAUAUAAUAUAUCAUUCAACGACUUGGACCACGCAAUAUUCUCAGCAACGUCGAAUGUUGAGUUCCCAAAAGAUCGCAACUUAAUAAAAAAGGCGGAAGACUACCGUAACCUGGGAAAUGAAAGUUUUAAAAGAGGAUUUAUAGAGCUAGCAAUAGAAUAUUACACAAAGGCAAUAACGACGUACCCAAAAAACCACGAGUUCUUCACAAACAGAGCAGUGUGUUACAAAAGAAAGGGAGACUGGCUUAAGGUUGAAGCGGAUGUGCGUCAAGCACUGAACCUGGAAGAAAACUCGGUAAAAGCACACUAUUUUUUGGGACAGGCACUUCUGAAUUUAGGUAAACGAGUAGAGGGCCUGAAGAAGCUGAGAAAGGCAAAAUGUUUAUCGGAGCAUUACAAGACAGUGCACACAGAAGAGAUCAAUAAUGAGAUAUUGAGAUCGAUGAUGAAACUGUACCUGGAAGAAGAAGAAAGGUUAAAUUAUGCAGUAGUAUCACUCUCGUCAUUCGUAAAGGAACUUCUGGAAAGGGAAAAUAAUCAGGGUGCUUUAAGUGAAGAGGAAUACUCCGAAAGAACAAAACAAGUAGAAAUGAUAAACAAUUAUGUGAAAAAAACACAAGAAAGAGAAAUACCAAAGUAUUUAUGUUGUAAAAUAUCAAUGUGUUUGAUGCGAGACCCAGUAAUCACACCAAGUGGGCAGACAUACGAAAGAGAAUUGAUCGAAAAACACAUUAUGAGUAAUGGCAGCUUUGACCCAGUAACAAGGAAGCCGUGCAAACUGUCAGAUUUGUAUCCGAAUUACUAUUUAAAGGAAGCCGUGGAGUCUUUUCUAGAAAAGAACCCGUGGGCCUACGACGAAUACUACACGUAG